AUGACUGGAGAAUCUACCCCUGUAAUUACAGUUGUGGAACCAGAAGAACCUAGUGAACCGUCUACUGGAGAACCAAGUGAACCUUCAACUGAAGAACCUACCGAACCUUCAACUGAAGAGCCAACUGAACCAACAACUGAAGAGCCUGGUGAGCCAACAACUGAAGAACCUAGUGAACCAACCACUGAGGAACCUGCUGAACCUACUGAGCCAACCACUGAAGAACCUGCAGAGCCUGCUGAGCCAACCACCGAAGAAUCUACAGAGCCUACUUAA